AUGUCGGAAAAGGGUGGAGUGGGAUCAGCCACUAGAAGAGCAGGACCGGUAAGACUGGGAGCACUGGUUAGUCAGCCUAGCGAGACUGGGUGUGAUACGAAUCCCGUGCUAGCUCAGCCGAAGCAGCUAAACGACGAAGGCCGAACCGAAUUUAUUCUCCGACUUGUCCGAGGCGGGAUACGCAGCAGUAGCCUACGUAUGCUGGCUGCAUCGGAAAAGGGAGCUCACGACAGAACGUCUUUUCGCCAAGGCCCGGGUAGCCCCUAUGAAAUACGUAUCAAUACCCCGUCUGGAGCUGACCGCGGUCAUGCUAACCGUAAGUAUAUCGAAGCAGCUGCGACAUUGCCUCAGUAUCUUCGAUGA